UUCAUUUAUACCGAUACAAUUUUGUGAAUGGAGUUAUGUGAAUCCGGCUCAAAUACACUCUAGUCGUGCACUGAGCAUUUACCGUAGCGAUUCUGAGACGAGUCGACGACGCCGACGACGCGAUGAUGCCGCCGGCGACUUCAUUCCCCAUUUACGCUCACCGCCCUCCCACCGAAUCAUUCCAUCACCGCCUCAUCGACAUCGUCAAAAUCGCUCUCAUCAAACUCUUUGUCUCUCCUUACGCCACCGUGUGUGAAUUGUAUUGUGGAAAAGUACCGGACGAAGAAAAAUGGGAUGAAGCUCAAAUUGGUCACUACAUUGGUAUUGAUGUAGCCACGUCUGGAAUGAAUGAAAAAAAGGAAGCCUGGGAGAGUCAGCGCAAGGUUUACACCACUGAGUUAAUUGAGAUUGAUCCUUGCACUGAAGACUUAAAAACGCAUCUUCAGGAUAAGGACAAUCAGGCUGAUAUUGUUUUUUGCAUGCACAAUUUACAGCUGUGUUUUGAAAGUGAAGAAAAAGCGAGGAAACUAUUGCAUAAUGUUUCAUCUUUGUUGAAACCUGGUGGUUAUUUUCUUGGUAUCACAACUGACUCAUCUACUAUAUGGGCUAAGUAUCAGAAGAAUGUUGAAGCCUACCACAACAAGGGCAGUGGAAUGAAACCCAACAUUGUCCCCAAUUGCAUUAGAUCUGAGAGUUACACAAUAGCUUUUGAAGUUGAGGAAGAGAAGUUUCCUUUUUUUGGAAAGAAGUACCAGUUGAAGUUUGCGAAUGAUAUAUCUGCAGAAACUCAGUGUCUGGUUCAUUUCCCUAGCUUGAUCAGGUUGGCUAGAGAGGCUGGCCUUGAUUACAUUGAGAUUCAAAACUUGACAGAUUUCUAUGACGAUUAUAGGCCACAAUUUGUAGGAAUGCUACAAGAUGUGAACCAUAAUCUCAUUGAUCCUAGGGGCAGACUUCUUCCCAGAGCCUAUGAUGUUUUAGGUCUGUUCACCACCUUUGUAUUUCGAAAGCCUGAUCCAGACAUUGCUCCACCUCUGAUGACUCCAUUCAUAGUAAGAAGAAACAAUGAUGAUGAGGCAAGUGAAUACAACAGUACAAAGCACAUCUUGCAAAUGAUACCGAUGGAUUCACAAGGAAUUGUGUGGAGAGAUGAUGAGAAGAAUGGACAGGUUGACUCAUCCCAGGGAUUGGGCAAGAUAACAGAACAAAAGGGGAUAUUAGGUCCCGGCCCAGCAGAAUUGCGCUUCCCUGAGGCACUUUGACCCAUUGAUUAUGACUGAAGUGGAUUAGAUAGAGAAGUGAGAAGCUGCAAGAAAUUUUCUCUGUUGUUAUAAGGUCAGUAAUUUUAUUUUGGAGAGGGAAGGCCGGAAGGGAGAGGAAGAAGUUUUGUAUGUUGUUAUAAGGCUAGUGGUUUUACUCUGUCGAAGAGCUUUCAAAUUUGCCAAGACAUCCAGUAUGGAGGCACUGUACAGUCUGUACUAUUUCAGUAGCACAAGCCAAGGUAUUGUGUCACUGAUAGCUGUAAAAUCACUGUUAUUUGGGGUACGGUUUAUGUCACUGUCUGUUUGUAUUAACAAUGCUAAAUUGUCAUUAGUUUUCUAUUGGCCUUAAAAUAGAGUUAUUAGCGAACAUUCA